AUGAAAGCACAUCUCGAUCGACAAGCAGCUGGUGUGUUGCCUGACGACGAUGAUGGCCAUCUCAUUUUCAAGAAAAAUGAUACUCUUCAUGGGGAGCUCCGUGAAGAACUUGGGGAAGGUACAUUUGGCAGAGUCGUUAAGGCCUACGACAAACAGAAGGAAAAGAUGAGAGCUGUGAAGAUUGUACGAAAUGUUCAUAAAUAUCGUGAUGCUGCCUACUUAGAAAUCAAGGUGCUGACAAAAUUGAAACAGUUGGACCCGAAUGGAGUUCACAAGAUCAUCCAACUUGUUGAACAUUUCGAUUACCAUGGACAUUGUUGCCUUGUUUUCAAACUCUAUGGCCUCAGUGUUUUUGACUUUCAGAGGAAGUACAAUUUUCGACCAUAUCACAUGGAGGAUACAAGGCAUAUAAUGUAUCAAAUUUGUUAUGCCGUUAAGUUUUUGCAUGACAACAAACUGACCCAUACUGACCUCAAACCUGAGAACGUCUUGUUUGUCUGCGAUGACUGUUACACAGAGAAAGUGGGGAAUGUGACAUAUCACAGACCUAAGAAUACCAAUGUUCGUCUCAUUGAUCUGGGCUCAGCAACGUUUAAUAGCGAACAUCACUCUGCCAUUAUUUCAACUCGACAUUAUAGAGCUCCUGAGGUCAUACUUGAUCUUGGAUGGUGGCAGCCAUGUGACACGUGGUCUCUUGGAUGCAUUUUAUAUGAGCUUCAUCGUGGAGCUACACUCUUUCGCACUCAUAGUAACCGGGAACAUCUUGCGAUGAUGGAACGAGUAUGUGGUCACAUCCCUCUGCGAAUGAUUCGUAAAACGCGGUGUGUUUUGUGGCAUUUAGCCAAUCUUUUAUUACUGCUUAUUCCUCUAAAGCCAUUGUUCUUAAUCGAGUAUACGACAACUGUUUACUUCAGAACCAGAUAUUUUCACAACGAUGUUCUUGACGUGACAGGCACAGAUGAAAGCUUCAUUCGGGACACUUGUGCGAAUCUCGUGCGUAAAAUCGAAGAUUCCGGUACUGAGGAACGCGAACUUUUCGAGCUUAUGCAUAGCAUGAUGCAGUUCGAGCCUGCUGCCCGUAUUACAAUGGCAGAUGCGCUGCAGAGUCCUUUUUUUGGUCGUCUUCCCGAAAGUAAAAAGAUACCCGGGCUCCAUCCACCCAAUCCCACUAGAAGGCCCGGCAUCAUGGAUCCAUUACAUCGUGGUACUUGUGGUCGCACUAUUGAUUUAACUGGAGAGGAAGAAGCGGAUUAA